CUGGGGAUUGCCAGUUGCCAGUUGCCAGUUGCUUGUCAGUUUCGCCACUUCAUCUUCAUGUUGAUCGCAAUUCAAACGUUGAAUCAUCCUUAACAAAAGUCCAAUUCCACUGCGAUUUUGCAGCCUUAAUAUGCCAUCAGACUAAACACUCCUCCAAUAAAAACCCCUCUGUUCUUGAGCUCUGAGCUUCAAGAGAUUCAAGCUUUCCGGGAAUGGAGAGCUCCGAUCACGUAUUCAAAGUGAAUAGCAUAAGAUUGAGCAACUCCAGCAUAUGGAGGAACAGUGACCGGGACGUUUUCUCGAGGUCUUCUAGGCAAGAAGACGAAGAGGACGCGCUGAAAUGGGCGGCUCUGGAGAAGCUUCCGACCUUUACGAGGCUGAGGAAAGGAAUUCUGACCGAAGAAGAAGGGCAGCUAAGGGAAAUCGACGUCACGAAGCUAGGGCCGCUCGAGAGGAAGAAUGUGCUGGAGAGGCUUGUGAGGAUUGCAGAGGAGGAUAAUGAGCGCUUCUUGUUGAAGCUCAAGGAAAGAAUGGACAGAGUUGGAAUUGAUAUUCCCACAAUCGAAGUCCGGUUCGAGCAUCUAAAUGUUGAAGCAGAAGCUUAUACCGGCAGUAGAGCACUGCCAACAGUUCUCAAUUUCCUAAUCAAUAUGAUAGAGGGAUCCUUGAAUUAUCUGCAUAUUCUUCCUAGUAGGAAGAAAGCAUUCACAAUCCUUAAUGAUGUUAGUGGAAUCAUCAAGCCGGGCAGGAUGACCUUGCUUUUAGGUCCACCAAGUUCUGGAAAGACUACCUUGCUGCUAGGUUUGGCCGGGAAACUUGAUCCGGAUCUAAAAGUUUCAGGAAGAGUAACAUACAAUGGGCAUGGAAUGAAUGAGUUUGUUCCACAGAGGACAUCGGCUUAUAUAAGUCAACAUGAUGUUCAUAUAGGAGAAAUGACAGUGAGAGAAACAUUGUCUUUUUCAGCAAGAUGUCAAGGGGUUGGAGGCCGUUACGAAAUGCUGAAAGAGUUGAAUAGGAGGGAAAAGGAAGCAAACAUUAAGCCGGAUGCAGAUCUUGAUGUAUAUAUGAAGGCAAUAUCAAUUGAGGGGCAGAAGACCAAUGCAGUCAUAGACUAUGUUCUUAAGAUUCUGGGACUGGAAAUUUGUGCUGACACUAUGGUGGGGGAUGACAUGAUGCGAGGCAUUUCUGGUGGGCAGAAAAAACGAGUCACGACAGGGGAGAUGCUAGUUGGACCGUCAAGAGCACUCUUCAUGGACGAGAUAUCAACUGGCCUGGACAGUUCUACGACUUUUCAGAUUGUGAACUCGCUCAAGCAGAUAGUUCACAUCCUUCAAGGAACUUGUGUUAUCUCCCUUCUUCAGCCGGCACCAGAAACUUACGACUUGUUUGAUGACAUAAUUCUCCUCUCAGAUGGCCAAGUUGUAUACCAAGGCCCCCGUGAAAAUGUGCUAGAGUUCUUUGAACACAUGGGAUUCAAGUGUCCAGAAAGGAAAGGAGUUGCAGACUUUCUUCAAGAAGUUACAUCCAGGAAAGAUCAAGAGCAGUACUGGAUGCGGAGAGACGAGCCUUACCGUUUUGUAACUAUCAAGGAAUUUGCAGAAGCAUUUCAGUCGUUUCCUGUUGGCAUGAAACUGGGCGAUGAACUUGCUGUCCCGUUUGACAAAUCCAAAAACCACCCUGCAGCUUUAACAGCUAAGAAGUAUGGUACCAACAGCAAGCAACUGUUUAAAGCUCUCGUAUCCAGGGAGUUACUGCUGAUGAAGAGGAACUCAUUUGUAUACAUAUUCAAGAUGACUCAACUUGUUAUAGUGGCAUUGAUUACAAUGACAGUAUUUCUACGGACAAAGAUGCCCAAGAGAAACGUAACAGAUGGUGGAAUUUACAUGGGUGCUCUGUUCUUUACGAUCACGGUGCUCAUGUUUAAUGGCUUUGCAGAGAUGGCCUUGACCAUCCUGAAACUUCCUGUCUUUUACAAGCACAGAGAUCUUCUUUUUUUCCCUGCUUGGGCCUAUGCUCUACCUGCAUGGAUCCUCAAGAUCCCGUUAUCAGUUGUAGAAGUUGGCCUUUGGGUGUUCUCAACUUAUUAUGUCAUAGGCUUUGAUCCAUUUGUUGGAAGGCUGUUCAAAAUGUACCUCCUGCUCCUUUUGCUUAACCAGACAGCUGCUGCACUGUUUCGACUCAUUGGAUCUGUAGGCCGUAAUAUGAUUGUGGCAAAUGUGUUUGGUUCUUUUGUAUUACUUACAGUUCUUGCCUUGGGAGGAUUUAUCUUGUCGAAAGACAAUAUAAAGAAGUGGUGGAUUUGGGGUUAUUGGAUAUCACCAUUGAUGUAUGGCCAGAACGCUAUAGCGGUGAAUGAAUUUCUUGGGCACUCUUGGAGCAAAGUUCUUCCAGGUUCCACUGAAACAUUAGGAGUAUCUGUGUUGAAGUCUCGCGGUAUAUUCACUGAAGCACGCUGGUACUGGAUCGGGGUCGGAGCUCUGAUUGGUUACAUUUUCCUGUUCAAUGGCCUUUUCAUUCUGGCACUUACAUAUCUCAACCCAUUUGGGAAGCCACAGGCCGUUCUGCCUGAGGAGACGUUGACUGAGAGAAGUGUUGGCAAAGCUGGACAGUCCAUCGAGCUAUCAUCAAGGGGAAAAAGCUCUUCGGAAAAGGGAGAUGAGAUUCAAGGAAGUGCAGCAUCAAUGUCUUCAAGAGCAGGCAGCCUUAGUGAAGUUACCCAGAAGAAGAAGCAGGGAAUGAUUUUACCUUUCCAACCCCUUUCCAUUGCUUUUGAAGAUGUCAGAUAUUCGGUAGACAUGCCUCAGGAAAUGAAAGCUCAAGGCAUAGCUGAGGAGCGGCUAGAACUUUUGAAAGGUGUCAGUGGUGCUUUUCGGCCUGGAGUUCUUACAGCUCUAAUGGGUGUAAGUGGGGCUGGUAAGACUACUCUGAUGGAUGUCUUGGCUGGUAGGAAAACAGGCGGAUACAUUGAAGGAAGGAUCAUGAUCUCAGGAUAUCCAAAGAAGCAAGAAACAUUUGCUCGGGUAUCUGGAUACUGUGAGCAAACCGAUAUCCAUUCUCCUCAUGUUACAGUUUAUGAGUCCUUGGAGUAUUCUGCAUGGCUUCGGUUGUCUCCUGAAGUUGAUGCUGCCACCAAGAAGAUGUUUGUUGACGAGGUGAUGGAGCUCGUUGAGCUGACCUCAUUAAGGAAUGCACUCGUUGGAUUGCCUGGUGUCAAUGGUCUUUCCACUGAACAACGAAAGAGGCUGACAAUUGCAGUUGAGCUUGUGGCCAACCCCUCCAUAAUAUUUAUGGACGAGCCAACCUCAGGGCUCGAUGCCAGAGCUGCUGCGAUAGUGAUGAGAACAGUGAGAAACACAGUGGACACAGGGCGAACUGUGGUGUGCACCAUCCACCAGCCAAGCAUUGACAUAUUUGAUGCUUUUGAUGAGCUGCUGCUUCUAAAACGGGGAGGCGAAGAAAUCUACGUUGGUCCAUUAGGCCGCCAAUCUUCCCAUCUGAUCAAAUACUUCCAAGGAGUCAAUGGAGUUAGUAAGAUUAAAGAUGGAUAUAAUCCCGCAACCUGGAUGUUGGAGGUGACUUCACUUGCACAAGAGUCAAUUCUUGGGGUUAACUUUGCUGAAGUCUACAAAAACUCAGAACUACACAGGAGAAACAAAGAGCUAAUCAAGGAACUCAGCACCCCUCCCCCGGAUUCGCAAGAUCUCUACUUCCCCACCCAAUUUUCCCAAUCUUUCUUCACCCAGUGUAUGGCAUGCCUGUGGAAACAGCGCUUGUCCUACUGGCGAAACCCAUCCUACACUGCCGUGAGAUUCUUGUUUACAACCUGCAUAGCUCUGAUGUUCGGGACAAUGUUCUGGGAUCUUGGCACGCGAAGGAAAAAGUCACAAGACAUCUUUAAUGCAAUGGGUUCCAUGUAUGCUGCUGUCCUCUUUCUCGGAGUGCUAAAUGCCAGUUCAGUCCAGCCGGUAGUCGCCAUAGAGAGAACCGUCUUUUACAGGGAAAGAGCGGCCGGAAUGUACUCAGCUUUGCCAUAUGCUUUUGGUCAGGUUGCCAUUGAGCUGCCAUACGUAUUGGUUCAGACGGUCAUAUAUGGAGUCCUGGUUUACGCGUUGAUAGGGUUUGAAUGGACAGCCGCCAAGUUCUUCUGGUACCUCUUCUUCAUGUACUUCACCUUGCUGUACUUCACAUACUACGGGAUGAUGACAGUGGCUGUAACUCCAAACCAGAACAUAGCUUCCAUAAUCUCCUCUGCGUUCUACGGAAUAUGGAACCUUUUCUCUGGAUUCAUCAUUCCUAAGACAAGGAUUCCAGUGUGGUGGAAGUGGUACUACUACAUCUGUCCUUUCUCCUGGACUCUAUAUGGCUUGGUUACUUCACAGUUCGGAGACAUCAAGGACAAGAUCGACACCGGUGUGCCAGUCGAGAAAUUCGUGUCAGACUACUUCGACUUCGAUCACGACUUCUUGGGAUACGUGGCCCUCAUCAUCGUCGGGAUACCUGUCCUCUUCGGUUUCAUCUUUGCCUUCUCAAUCAGGGCAUUUAACUUCCAGACAAGAUGAUGAGUGAACAUUCUUGUAACGGUCAAAAUGAGAGCGUCUAUCUUAUUCUGCUGCAAGUGUGUGUCUAUUAUGGAUUUUCUUGUUCCUUUUCUCAUCUGGUUAUCUUCUUGUUGCAGUAAGAGGUGACAAGUUUGAGACCAUUUAAUAUUAAUUCAUCUGUAUGCAUGUGA